UAGCUGACUUCAAGUGAUCGAAUUGCGCUGUUGCGUCCUUUGACACGCUUAACCGUUUACGAAAACUGUUUCGCUACAUUUUUGAUGACAUUUUGAUCGUUUUACCAUGCCAAGUAUUCACAAAAAAUUCCGAAAGUUACGCCGAAAGCGAUAUAUUCGCACUUAGUAAUAAUUAGAUCGUGAUCGUGUGUGAACAUCAAAACUAAACUAGUGCCGUGUAUCCAUCACAUAUAUUUGCUUUAUUGAUAUUCUGAGUGUCACAGGCCUUGUGGUGCCUAUGCAUAUCUUGAGAAUUUGGACAGUGUUCUAGAUUAUUUUAAGGACAUAAAGUUUCUCAUAUUUGGUUGAACCAUUAAGUAAACACUAUGUCGGAAAUAGUUUACCCGCAAGGGUGUAGGUCUGUGACAGAAGAUCUAGGUCCAGAUGAACUCAUUAGGAGAUUAAAGACAUUAGCUCAUACGUUACAAGCAAUGGGACAAGAUGAAGGAAUGUAUCAGCAAUAUAUUCCACUUGCAUUACAUUUGGCAGAAGAACAUUUUUUAAUGCAUCAAAGUAAAGAUGUACAACUCCUAAUUGCUUGCUGUAUCGCCGAUGUUUUAAGAGUUUAUGCACCUGAAGCUCCUUAUAAAGAUGCAGAACAGGUUAAAACAAUAUUCCUGUUCUUAAUCAAGCAAUUAGCUGGUUUAAAAGAUCCUAAAGAUCCUGCUUUCAAAAGAUAUUUUUACCUAUUGGAAAACUUGGCGUACGUGAAAUCUUUUAAUAUGUGCUUUGAAUUAGAAGACUGUCAAGAAAUUUUUUGUGCUCUUUUUUCUCUUAUGUUUAGGAUAGUGAACGAUGAACAUUCUGGAAAAGUGAAAAGCUUUAUGUUAGACGUAUUAUGUCCACUUAUUACUGAGUCAGAUAUUGUUAGUAAUGAACUUCUAGAUAUUAUACUUAUGAAUAUCGUAGAACCAAACAAAACACAGAAAAAGAAUGCAUAUUUGCUCGCAAAGGAGUUAGUAAUUAAAUGUAGUGAUACAUUAGAGCCAUAUAUUCAAGCAUUCUUUAAUCAUGUACUGAUUUUGGGUAAAGAGGAGAAAAGUUUACAAAUUUGCAAGAAAGUGUAUGAUUUAAUUUACGAGUUAAAUCACAUAUGUCCAAGCGUCUUAUUGUCCGUCCUUCCACAAUUAGAAUGUAAACUAAAGUCUUCUUCUGAAACUGAAAGAUUGGGCGCUGUAGCAUUACUAGCCCGAAUGUUCUCUGAAAAAGGAUCUCAGUUAGCUGUACAACAUACACAACUGUGGCGAGCAUUCUUAGGAAGGUUUAAUGACAUCAGUGUAUCAAUUCGUAUAAAAUGUGUACAGUAUUCAAUGCAUUUUUUACUAAACCAUCCUGAAUUAAGAAAGGAUAUUACUGAUACAUUAAAAUUAAGACAACACGACGCAGACGAAAGUGUCCGAUACGAAGUUGUUAUGGCUAUAGUAACCACUGCCAGAAGAGAUUUCGAAGUGGUAUCGGACAGUGAAGAUUUACUUGAAUUUGUUAAAGAAAGAACUUUAGAUAAAAAGUUUAAAAUUCGAAAAGAAGCAAUGGCCGGAUUGGCAAUGAUAUAUAAAAAGCACUUAAAUGAUGCAGAUGUACCACAAGCUACAAAGAAAGCUGUUACUUGGAUUAAAGAUAAAAUAUUACAUGGUUAUUAUAUGGCAGGCAUGGAAGAUAGAUUAUUGGUAGAAAGGUUACUGAACACCUGUUUAGUACCUUACCAGUUGCCAGCUGAUGAGAGAAUGAAGAAGUUGUAUCAUUUACUAGGUACAAUCGAUGAUCAUGCAUCCAAAGCGUUUGUUGAACUACAAAAACAUCAACUCGCUGUGCGGAGGGCAGUGGUUGAAUGGUUAGAAAUAGUGAAGAAACCAGAUGCAGUGGGUGAACUAGUGACUAAAGUUCAUCAAAUAUCUCGCUUUUUACCAGAUCCUAUGAAAGUUCAAGAAUUUUUACAAAAAUUUAGUGCUCACAUGAGGAAAGAUCUAUCAUUAUUACAAGGAAUGGAAACGAUAGUUCAACCAAAUGUAUCAUGCAAGGAAUGUGCAGAUACAAUAAGUAUGGUUCUUAAAAAAUUGGGUCAACCGGUAAUGAUCAAUUUGUAUUACAACACUAUAAAGAUGCUGUUGGAAAGAGUCAGUUCUGUCAUGAUCGAUGAGGAAGCUAUUAGGGUUUUAAUUGGAUACGUACUAGAUUGUUUAAAAGGAGGAAAUGUGAUAGAAGAAGUUGGACUUAACCCAAAUAAUGCAGGAGAGAAAGGUCUAAGAUUACUUGUGAUGCUUUCAUUCGUAUUUGGGCCACAUUUUCUUCACAAUGAUAUUUUGAUGCAACUUGUUCAUCUUUUGGAAUUGGAGGAUGAAAUGGUUGCGCCAUUGGUUCUUUCAAUUUUUACAUUUUUAGGGAAAUAUAAACCUUUGUGCGAUGUUGCACCAGACAUUAUGAACCUUAUGGUUCCAAUUUGUAAAAAUUUUGCUGAAACGGGAACAUCAAAACAAGCGAAACAAGCGGUUAGAUGUUUGUUCGUCAACAUGACCAAUAUUCAUGAUACCAUAUUCCCCGAAAUUAUUGAGAGAAUUAAAAAUACACUUACACCAACUUCAGAAUAUUAUCGAACAUCAAUAGUCACGUUAGGUCACAUAGCUUAUAAUUUACCAGAGAAAUAUCAAGUACACAUAAAAAACAUGGUGUCUAGAAAGAUAGUCAAAGAGCUGUUAGUAAAAGAAAACAGUGAACAGACUUCAGACACCAUCGAAGGAGACUGGUGCAGAGAAGACCAACUACCUGAGGAAACGCGUUGUAGAUUAGAAGGAUUAAAAUGUAUGGCACGCUGGUUAUUAGGAUUGAAGACUGAUAUUCUCUCUGCACAAAAAACAUUUAGAAUGCUGCAUGCAUUUGUAGUAAACAAAGGUGACCUUAUACAACAAGGUCGUUUAAGUAAAGCAGAAAUGAGUUGGUUACGAUUGCAAGCUGGUUGUUCGAUGUUGAAAAUAUGCGAACAAAAAGGUGUUGGUGAUCAGUUCACAGCAGAACAGUUCUAUAAUCUGUCACAACUCAUGGUGGAUGAAGUUCCACAAGUGAGAGAGGCUUUUGGUAGUAAAUUGCAUAAAGGGCUUGGGAGGGGAAUUCCAAACAAGUGCUUGCCACUAGAUUUCAUGGGCUAUUAUGCUCUCGCUGGAAAGGAACAAGACAAGAGACUAAAGGGUGUAUUAAAAACUUAUAUGCAAACUGAUAUAAAUAAGAGGAGGGAUUAUGUCAAAACAUUAUCACUGGGUACCGUAGAACGGGCCAUGGGUAAGAAACUAAAUAGUCAAUUGCCUCAUAUUCUUCCGGAUUACAUGCUAGUAUUCGCUGUCCCAAUUCUUGCACACGAUCCUGAAUUCACGAAUCACUUAAUGGUCUCCCAAUUGAAAGUCAUACAGCAAUGUUUAUGGUUUAUAUUAGAACCGUUAAUAACAAAGAAUGAAUAUUAUUGCUAUGGUUUUUAUAAAAAUCUCAUAGAGCGAAUGAAAAGUCACAAAGAUGCUUUGAAACCAGAAGAUAACAACAUAAACUAUAAAUUAUGGGCUGUUUGUGACUUAGCUAUGAACGUAAUAUUUACUAAGACAACAAAUUUCGAUUUAAAAGAAUUCCCAAGCGAGACCCGGAUUCCUACUAUGUACUUCAAGCGUGUAGAUGAACUGUUGGCAAACAACAGGAAUUAUUUACCUGCUGAAAUGCAAAUUAACAUGUCCAGUCCCAAAGGAAAAGGAUCGCUUCACAGUGUUCAUUCUGUCAGCGAAAGGCCACAACGCAGGACUAAAUCCAAACAACAAAAAGAAGUGGGCAUUGGGCCAAAUGAAACUGAUGCAAGGCUGCAAAUUGGAGAAGUGGAAUGUAUUGAUGCACAGCCAGCAGAAGCAUCAGAAACUAGAAUUCAAUUACCUGGUUUAGAGGACGAGAUUGAGGAACCACCAGCAAAGAGGGCAUUAAGAGAAUCGGAUAAAGUAAAUAAAUAAUUAAAUGAAUGAACUGUAUCGAAGGGGAUGUUAGUAAUAGGGGAAAGACUUAAGGGACGUGAUGAUCAUAAGAAUUAAAGAAUCUAAAAAUACUUUACAAAUUAGAAAACAGAAUAUUUUGGUUAUGUACAACAAUUAAUAAACCUGUCGUUCGCGUAUGUCUAGACAGUAAGGUGUUAAGAUAAUUAUACAUUAACGUCAAAUAAUGAAUACGUGUAGGUUAAUAAUUCGAGAAAAUUUUCUGGAGUUACUGCAAAUUAAAAACUUAUCAUUUAACAUCAUUUGACAAAUGUAUUUCUUUGAAGUACAAAAGGGUAUGUAAACACGUCAUUCUUUCAACUUCUUUAUAUGUUAACAGAAGCAGUGGCACAUUCGAUGGUAUAAAAUAUGAUUCCUUCACUGGAUUGAUAAAUGUAUGAGAAACAUUUAUUUAUAGAAGUGUCAAAAAAUAUUUUCUAAUUGAAGGUUUUUCUUCCUUAUAAAAUAUCUUACAAUUGUUGUAUUGUUCACUUUUGCACUAACGAAUAUAAACGUUUAUACUAUUUUAUGCCCAUUUUCUUCAAAUAAGUGUAAAAAAUAUAUGUGAUGAACUAUUUCCAAAUAGAUGAACUCAUAUGUAUUAUUAUUAUUAUUAUUAUUAUUAUUAUUAUUAUUAUUAUUAUUAUUAUAGUUAAUAUUCAUUUCUAAUACAAGAUAAUUGAAAACAGUUUUUGUUAAAAAAGGUGUCUGUACGUAUAAAAUACAUUGUCUUUGUAUGAAGAAGAGAACAACAUGACAUUGUUGGAUUUCUAUAAACAUUGUGUUCCAGAUAAAAAGGCGUGUGUCAAUUGGCUUUGUGAUUUUGUGAUCCAAAGUUGUUUGUUUCUAUUAAUUUGAUUAUCAUUAUUAUAAUUAUAUUAUCUUAUUGCGACUAUUAUUAUUAUUAUUCUACUGAAGAAAUUAUAGCUCUAACAUCACUGUGUCCCAAAAUUAUCUGUUUAUACUUUAAUCUUAAAUUUAAAACAUAAAUUGUUUAAAAUUUGGUCAGCGCACGGCCUUUAAUUAUUAAUUUAUUUCAAACAUGGUGACCUUAUAAAUACUUCAAUGGUAUCUAUACAUGUAUCAAUUUAAAAAGUUCACAAUCCUCGUAUGUGACAGUUAUUCCUGUAUCACUGUCAUUGUAUAUGUAUUAUAAACUACUUUCGUAUCACUCUGA